UUAACUCUGGCGCGACCGCCUAAACACAAAAGUCACUGAUGACGACUGGUUUGUGUUUUUUAACUCAGUUAAUUGCACUGACAUCCUCUCACCAGCAGGUGGUGCUGCGGUGCACCUUUUCGUGUGUGUGUGUGUGUGUGUGUGUGUGUGUGUGUGUGUGUGUGUGUGUGUGUGUGUGUGUGUGUGUGUGUGUGUGUGUGUGUGUGUGUGUGUGUGUGUGUGUGUGUGUGUGUGUGUGUGUGUGUGUGUGUGUGUGUGUGUGUGUGUGUGUGUGUGUGUGUGUGUGUGUCUUGGCCCUUAUCUAAAUACCUGCCAGUAAAGGGUGUAACUUACUGUACCCUUACUGAGUACUCUGUACUCUGAAUACUCUGUACUCUGAGUACUCUGCACUCUGAGUACUCUGCACUCUGAGUACUCUGCACUCUGAGUAUCUUGUACUCUGAGUAUUUUGUACUCUCAGUACUCUGCUCCUCUGAAAAGAGAAAUCAUCCAACUAUUGUAUGGAUAGAUUCUUCUGAUUCAUACGUUUACACUGACGCAAAUAAAGUGUUGAUUUAAACAAGAUGGUGAUGUCUUUAAAGGAUGGAGGAGGAUUGUACAUGGCGGUGUUCAGCAGACACAGAGCAGAGGAGGCCCGCUUCUAUUCAUGACUUUAUCAGUCUCUUUAUUUGAUAAGAUGGUAUCUAUGUUCUGUUGGUUCUGCUGUAGAGAAGCAGCUGACUCAGUGAUUGAGUUGACAUGCUGAUUGAACCAUCAAGUGUCACUUGGUUUUUCUCUGAGCUUCGACACAUCACAGCUCUCCGUUCAUCGUUCUUAUUUUAAUAAAGUUAUUAUUCUUGGAUCAGCCGCCAUAGCAUGUCAGUCUGGGAGGAGUAUGAACUGGGAGGGGAACUGGUCCAACUGGUUGGUUCAUCAUUUCCUUGUUAUGAUUCGGACGGUUUGGUGUGGCUCACUUCAUCACAGCAUGAGACGACUAAGGUACUGUAGUCCACUCUGAUCCGUGACGGAUCAUAAAUAUAAAUAACUUUGAAUCUCAUCAAUAGUUUGAUGGUUAGUUUCCUGUAAAACCACAUGGUUAACAACUUUAGUGUGGAUGUGUGGACAGUGACUUUUUCUUCUUGUUUCUCCUUGUGUCCUUGGUUGAAUUUAAAGGUACUUAGGACAGAAUGUACAAUUGUUAUAUUUGUAGUGAGGUAUUAAGAUUGAUUGAAUUGAAUUGAAGAUGGCCAUCUUGGUUAGUGAAGGUGUUUAAACGUCUUCUCUUAUCAGGUCUUGUUCUCUGUGGGCCUCCAUCACAGAUCUGGUUGUGAUGUCAUACCACAUGAGGAAGUCCAUAUAUGGUCCUGCCUUCAGAGCGGUUUAACCAGCACAGGGAGCAGUUGGUAUGAUAUACCUUCUGUGUGGAAUGAUGAUACGUUAUUAAAUAGUGUAUUAGAAACGUCUGGGCAGAACCUCCUCAUCUCUCCCCUCGUUGAGGACGACAGGGUCUGAAUCUGUGUCCAGGAAAGACCAGCCUGCCUCUCGCCCAAAGAGACAACUGUUCCCUGUGACCGGAAUACACAGCUCAUAUAAAAGCAGAGAAUAAACACUGAGUGGCCGUAGGAACCUUAUGGAGCUGUGUUUGUCUCCAGUCUACUAUGGAUGAGGAGAGAGAGGAGGGGGGUCCUACCUCCAAGACCACUCUGUCUGGGGAACAUGGUCACCAUAGGAGAGCUAAGAGCCCACAGCAGCAGCAGAGAGCAGACUCCCCUGGACCCAGCUGUGUCUCCAUGAAGAGUGACUGGCCUAUGGCACAACCUAUUAGGUUUAAAGAUAGAAAUCAGUAUAUUGGGAAAAGAAGAGCCAAGCUGAAGAGAACUGUCUCCCCUGGACCCAGCUGUGUCUCCAUGAAGUGUGACUGGUCUAUGGAACUGCCUGUUGAUGGAAAUCAGUCUAUUGGGAAGAGCCCAGAGCAGCAGCAGAGAGCAGACUCCCCUGGACCCAGCUGUGUCUCCAUGAAGAGUGACUGGUCUAUGGGUAGACCUCCUAGCUUUAAAGAUGGACGCCCCUCCAGAGAGGAGAGCCCAGAGCAGCAGCAGAGAGCAGACUCCCCUGGACCCAGCUGUGUCUCCAUGAAGAGUGACUGGUCUAUGGGUAGACCUCCUAGCUUUAAAGAUGGACGCCCCUCCAGAGAGGAGAGACCCCAGGAGAGGUCAAAGGUUACCAGUGCUCAGUCUGUACAGCAGCAUCAAACAGAGCUGAUCAAGAGGGCUGAGGAGAACGCACACGCUUUUCUAGACAAGGAGCUGAAGAAGCUCUGGAGGGAUCUCUUCCCAGAUUACCCACAAUGCUCAGAGAGUCCGAGGGAGGAGGAGGAGGAGGAUGGUAAGAAGAAGGAGCAGAGGAGGCGCGCCAUAGAGGGAGUGGUGGACAUUACAAAGCUCUCCCUUUUGGAGAUGAAGCAAGAGGAACUGGCCGACACACUGUGGAGAAGAUCUGCUGCUGUCAAGUGCCAACAUAAAAUCAAGUCGCAUUUGAAGAAGAAGUUCAGGUGUGAGGUUGAGGGAAUCGCUAAAGCAGGACAGCGAACAGAUCUGAAUGACUUCUACACAGAGCUCUUCAUCACAGAGAGAGGCAGUGGAGAGUUCAACCAGGAACAUGAGGUCAGACUGAUUGAAACAGCUUCCAGGAAACCAGAUGAGGAAAGACCAAUCAGAUGUGAGGACAUCUUUAAACCCUUACCUGGACAAGAUCAACCAAUCAGGACAAUAAUGACAACUGGAGUUGCCGGCAUUGGUAAAACCGUCUUAACACACAAGUUCACUCUGGACUGGGCAGAAGGCAAAACCAACCAGGACAUACACUUCACAUUUCUCCUCACUUUCAGGGAGCUGAAUUUACUGAAAGGGAAAGAGUUUAGCUUGGUGGAACUUCUUCAUCACUUCUUUAUUGAGACCAAAGAAGCAGGAAUCUGCAGAUACAACCGGUUCCAAGUUGUCUUCAUCUUGGAUGGACUGGAUGAGUUUCGACUUCCUCUGGACUUCCAGAGAAACCCGAUCUGGACUGAUGUCACAAAGUCCACCUCGGUGGACGUGCUGCUGACAAACCUCAUCAGGGGCGUCCUGCUUCCCUCCGCUCGCAUAUGGAUAACCACACGCCCUGCGGCAGCCAAUCAGAUCCCUGCUGAGUGUGUUGACAUGGUGACAGAGGUGAGGGGGUUCACCGACCAACAGAAGGAGGAGUACUUCAGGAAGAGAUUCAGAGAGGAGACGCUGGCCAGCACAAUCAUCUCCCACGUCAAAAAAUCACGAAGCCUCCACAUCAUGUGUCACAUCCCAGUCUUCUGUUGGAUCACUGCUACAGUUCUGGAGGACCUCUUCAAAACAUCCCAGAUAGGAGAAGAGAUGCCCAAGACUGUGACUCAGAUGUACAGCCAUUUCCUGAGGGUUCAGUCCAUACAGGGGGACAGGAAGUAUCAUGGGAGAGCUGAAACAGAUCCAGACUGGAGUUCAGAGAGCAGGGAGAUCAUUAUUUCGCUGGGAAAACUGGCUUUUAACCAGCUGGAGAAAGGCAACCUGAUCUUUUACGAGGCAGACCUGGCAGAGUGUGACAUCGAUAUCAGAGCAGCCUCAGUGUAUUCAGGAGUGUUCACCCAGAUUUUUAAAGAGGAAUGUGGGCUGUACCAGGAUAAGGUGUUCUGCUUUGUCCAUCUGAGCCUCCAGGAGUUUUUGGCUGCCCUUUAUGUCUUUCUGUUCUUCAUUGACACUGGGGUCAAUCUGCUCUCAGAAGAACCAACAACCUCUGGUGAAGAUGAACUCCUCCUUCUCUACAAGAGUGCUGUGGACAAGGCCUUACAGAGUGAGAAUGGACACCUGGACUUGUUCCUCCGCUUCCUCCUGGGCCUCUCUCUUGAGACCAAUCGGAAUCUCCUACGAGGUCUGCUGCGAAAAAAAGAUAGUAGAUCACUGAUCACUCGGUUUAAACACAAUCAGCUGAGACAGAGAGGAAGGGGCUCACCGACCAUUCAGAAAACAGUGUCUUACAUCAAGGAGAAGAUAAGUGGAGAUCUCUCUCCAGAGAGAAGCAUCAAUCUUUUCCACUGUCUGAAUGAGUUGAACGACCGUUCUCUAGUGGAGCAGAUCCAACGGUCCCUGACAUCAGGAAGUCUGAUCAAAAAACAUCUCCCUCCUGAUCAGUGGUCAGCUCUGGUCUUCAUCUUACUAUCAUCAGAAGAGGAGCUGGACGUGUUUGACCUGAAGAAAUACUCUGCUUCAGAGGAGGGUCUUCUGAGGCUGCUGCCAGUGAUCAAAGCCUCCAAAACAUCUCUGCUGAAUGGCUGUCAGCUGUCAGAGAGAUGCUGUGAAGCUCUGGCCUCAGUUCUCAGCUCCAACUCCUCUAGUCUGAGAGAGCUGGACCUGAGUACCAAUGAUCUGCAGGAUUCAGGAGUGAAGCUGCUCUCUGCUGGACUGGGGAGUCCACACUGUACACUGGAAACUCUCAGGCUUAAUGGCUGUCAUCUGUCAGAGACAUGUUGUGAAGCUCUGGCCUCAGUUCUCAGCUCCAACUCCGCUAGUCUGAGAGAGCUGGACCUGAGUAACAAUGAUCUGCAGGAUUCGGGAGUGAAGCUGCUCUCUGCUGGACUGGGGAGUCCACACUGUACACUGGAAACUCUCAGCUUGUCUGGCUGCCUGGUCACACAGGAAGGCUGUGCUUCUCUGGCCUCAGCUCUGAGCUCCAACCCCUCCCAUCUGAGAGAGCUGGACCUGAGCUACAAUCAUCCAGGAUACUCAGGAGCUGCGCUGCUCUCUGCUGGACUGGAGGAUCCACGCUGGAGACUGGACACUCUCAGUGUGGAGCACGGUGGAGUGGGGAGGCUGAAACCAGCUCUAAAGAAGUAUGCCUGUGACCUCACACUGGACCCCAACACAGCCCACAGAGAACUCUCUCUGUCUGAGGACAACAGAAAGGUGACGCGGGUUGCAAUGGUCCAGUCGUAUCCGGAUCACCCAGAGAGAUUUGAGUCCUCUCCCCAGGUGUUGAGUAGAGAGGCUCUGACUGGCCGCUGUUACUGGGAGGUAGAGUGUGUAGGAUUUGUUGCUAUGGGAGUGACACACAGCGGAAUCACAAGGAGAGGAGGGGGUGCAGACAGCGAGCUUGGAAAAAACAACAAGUCCUGGCGUCUUCUUUGUGAUGUUGGUUGUUACGUUGCCGUGUACAACGGUAGAGGAACAGCCAUACGUCUCCCCCCCCCUCACUCUACCAGAGUAGGAGUGUAUCUGGACCGGCCUGCUGGCACUCUGUCCUUCUACAGAGUGUCCCCAGGUGGAGGAGGGUCCUCAGACACACUGACACACAUCCACACCUUCCAGGCCUCCUUCACCCAGGAGGACCUCCUCCCUGCGUUUGGGUUAUGGGGGGAUGAGGGUGACUCAGCGUCUCAAGUUACACUGUGUAAGUUAUAGUCUCUCUCUCUCUCUCUCUCUCUCUCUCUCUCUCUCUCUCUCUCUCUCUCUCUCUCCGAGUCUGAGGACAUACAUGAAUACACACAUGCAUAUAUUAACGCACACACACGCAUAUAUUAACACAAACACGUGUGCAUAUAUUACACACACAUGCAUAUAUAAACACAUACACAUAUGUACAGACACACACACAUAUUAAGACACGCAAACACACACGCACAUAUAAACACAUGCUCGCACGCACACACACACACACACACACAUAAACACACAUGCGUGCGCACACACAAAACGCUUAUAUAAACACACAUGACACGUGUAUAUGAACACACACACACAUAUAUGAACACAUACACGUAUAUAUAUGAACACACUCACCCGCGCACGCUCACACACACACAAAUACACAAAUUAUGUAAACACACACACACACAUGCAUAUGUAAACGCACGCACAUUCACACACACACACACACACACACACACACACACACACACAUAUAUAAACACUCAAAUAUACACAAACAUGCGCACA